AGCGACUUUUCUGCAUUCUUUUCUUCCAUUCUUUUAUCCAGGCAUCCCCAUUGUCAUAGCACAUAUCAUGCCUCCCAAAAUAGACCCAACAGACGUUCCACCCAUCUUCGCCCUUCGACAGGCCCUCAACUACAGUGAUGCGGAAUCGUCAGAAUGCCGGGCUUUUGACAAAGAGCUAGAGACUCAUCGGAAAGAAUUUACCGCUGCCAGUGGUCUGGUUGGCAAUGAUCUUCAUCAAUGGAAGACGCAUCAGGCCGAUCUAGGGGAGAUGAGCCGCGCCUUUCUUGAACGGAGUGGAAACGGACAACGUUUCUGGCCAAGUGACAAGAGAUCACCUCACUACAAUGGACUGAGAUACUCUUCUAACCACGCAAAGAUCAAACGGAUAUUGAAGCAACUAUUCUGGAGAAUGAACCUCCAAGAUCUCGACGGCACUGGAUACACGAAGGAAGAGCCUGGUGAGAGAAAUUCCAACAACCAAAGUGGCAUGACCCCUGGUGACGCUAUUGAUUUAGACCUCAUUGUAGAGGGGUCAUCAACUUUGCCUCUCUCUGAGCUACGAGGCUCUGCAAGGUCUGCAACAAUUCCAAGCCUGCCAAUCCAACCCAGCCCUUCCGAUGCCAACAUCGUCGACUCCCCAAUUCUUGGUUCACAGCAACACCCUAGCUUUAUGCAAGAGCUUGAUAAAGACCCGUAUCAGUUACCUGAAAGCCCAAAAUCAGGCAUUCCAAUUCCACGAAAACGACCGAUAUCCGCAACCACGAGAGCAGCCGCAGUGGGCAAAGCACGUCGAUCCGUCUCCUAUUCCGAGGAUGAACCGCGAGCCAAACGCGCCAGAAAAAGGUACUUCACCUCUACGAGAACACUCUCUGCGUCAAGAGAGCACGAUGAGAGCCAUGCAGAAGUGCUUGGUCACAAAAUGUCGCCCCGGCGCAGGAAACCUCGCCACAAUCCAGAUAUGGCAACUCCUGAACAACUGGCGGCGGUAUUUGAAUCGCCCGAGCACUUUUCAAGUCCUGCUGUUUCCGGUGACAUUGAAGCAGCCGGCCCCGCUGCAGAACCCUUGUCCAAUGAACCCCUUCGAUCAUCGGUUGAAGACCCUUUCGAGGAUGAGUUCAUGAAUACCUACAUUAGCCGUAUAACCAAGGAGCUGAACGGCGAAUUAGGAUUGCAUACAACCGGAAUAGUCCCACAGUCGACGGGUACUAACACCGCGCCACUCGCACAAAUGGUACCGGAAAAUUCAGCCCUUACACCCUCCUUCUCGGCUAAAACCUCCUCCAUACUACCAUCGCCCGCUCCUGCAUCACCCACCGUUUCCAAAGACUGGGAGAGGAAAGACAGUACGUUACACGUAGACAAGAUGCCUGCCAUGGCUCCACCCGCUACAAAGCCACGAGUUGAGUUUGUGUAUCGUGUAAUCACCCGGCAGCCAGCAUACCGAGGUGACCCUUGGGUCCCCGCAGGGAGCUUCCGGAACAAGACGAUUUCCGAGCUGGAAACCGAGAUUCCGAUCCGGGUCGGUGCUGCCGAUCUGAUAGGGCUGCGGUUCGUGUUGCUACAUGUGGGCUCCGAGACGCGAGCGGAACAGAUCAUUCCCCGCGGGCACGAGCAAAGAUUCACGGCUGCGAAGCGGUACUUUGAUCGCGUAAUCCGCAGCUGCAUUGCGAGAACAGGGAAUGGGAAUCAGGCAUUGAUUGAGUUUGAGAUUGAGGCGCUGACCGACGAGAAACCCGUCAUCGUUGACGCUUUCGAAGAGGCCUUCGACUGGUGAUGUUUGAAUAGUUCUGUUUUCUGUCAAUUGAGAUGUCUUGUGUCACUUGUUCCCGCGAAGAUCCGAGCCAGUAAAUUGAGCUUCAC